CUGCGAUGUAACGUUAGUCGUUCUUGGCAACCAAGCCUAUCGAGAUCGGGUAUUGUAUGUACAUACAAGCAUUACAGUCCGCCUGAUAUUUACGGUAAGAAUUCGUUACCCCGCUUCACAUCACGGAAGGAGUCCGCGGAAACAGACAUAGGCCACCGCCGCCACGAUGCAGUCCCCUGCCCAUGAGCAUCGUUGCUACUGCGGCAAAGUGUAUCAGGCGUUGGCCUCUCUCCAACGGCAUGCCAGGAACUGUCCCGCAGCCUCAUCCGAAGAUUGCAGACACCUCCUCCAGCUCUUGGCUUGCUUGGAGCCACAACCGGUCCCAGGAGAUCUAUUCUAUCGUACAUUCUAUCCUUUUCGGCUCUGGGACGAGGAUUGUAACGAGUCUGUUGGACAAAUUUUUCACUUUCCCUCGAUCUUUGAAACCGAACGCCGGCUACAAACGACCAUACAGGAUGCAAUUAAUGCUGGUGCUCUUCAUGUAACAACGACCAGCUCUAUGGUCUCUAGUAAUGGCUUAUGGUGGGCUUGCCGUUACUUUACACUCCCUAGUCCAUCACAGGUGUUCAUCCGGAACGACAUGGCCUCUACACAAGCCAUCGACGGGGCUGGAACAAUGCUAGAUUUCAUGGAGCUUCAGGCUAUACGAGUCUUGCUCCAUAUCUUCCCCGUUGCGGACCUUGACGAAAAUUUCGUUGAGAAGGGCAGUGUUUUCUUUCCAUUUAUGGGGCUAUUGCAGCGGCUGCCAACCGACAGGCUCCAUCCGCAAGAAAUUCCUAGAGCGGUAGAUGUAUGCAUCUCUGCCUCAAUGUUCGGGGAAUCCCAAAACAAGGAGAUUAUGCUUUUAGUGGCCCAAAGACUUUCAAGCCAAACCCCGCUGUUGCCACUUAAAAUCAGCGUUCAAUUACGUCAGAUGAAGCUGCAAUUGUUGAACGGGCAUGCCAUUCCCUCGCUCGUCCCGCCCGUCUCGGGCCGAAAGGGCCACAUACAGUCCGGCGAGUUUCUACUCCUCCAGUCACAGCAAGCUAUCGAAGAAAGUCGACUUCCUAGGGCAUGGCAACUGUUGCAGCAGUGGGCGCCUCAAGAUGUGGCACACCCUUCUGGACUCGAGAUUGUGAUACGUUCUCAAAUCGACGUCAUGAAAGGAAAAGUUCGCCGUUUCCAAGGGUACUUCGAGUUAGCGAGACAAUACCUCGAACCUCUAGUUGAGGAGAAUUCUCCAACUCGUAUACAAUUCUCCUGCCGGCUACACUUAGCUGCAGUCUACACUGAACUUGGGCUCUGGGACAGGUCAGAAGCCAUCUUGGAUGCAACCGAAGCCAAAACCGGAAGACAAGUCCGCCUCCUCCAACUCUCGACAGCAGAGUAUUAUCUUGCUCAGGGAUUAGCUGGCUCGGCCAACCAUCUCGACUUGGCACGGGAACUAUAUACCGAUCUCUCCGAGAAGUACGAGGCACUGGUGCCUUCUAGCAAGGCCACGAAGCGCAAUUUUUUCCGGAUUUGCUUCGGCCUUGCGAUAAUUAGUCACAUUAAACGACCGGCCAAGCAUCGAUUUAGUAUGAUCAAAGCACUAAAUAACUGGCAGCUUGCAUAUCGGGCUUGCCGUGAAGGCGUGGCUUUAGCGGAAGGGUUCCCCGAUUUGAUUUGUCUCUUAUCAAUGGCUGAGAUCAAAAUUUCCUUGUCUGAUCAGACAUCGGAUGCCGAUCUUCAGCAUGCACUACAGAUAUGGUGCGGGAUAAUUCGUCAGAAGCUCGACCAGCGGUUCUUUUUCACAAAUCUCGGCACACGGUGGGCCAAUCUACUAUGCGAUUGGCUAGAGAUCGCUGGAAAGCCUUGUUUUCUUACGCGCUGGGCUAUUGAACAGGGCGUUGAAUAAGUGGAGUUGGGUGGUGGCUGGGUGGGCGAGAGAGGGAGACAAUUGGGCUGAUCUUUGACAGCCUGCAGCCUAGUGUGAUGGACAUGAGCGAAGUUCAGCCCCAUAGCAG